AGAAUGACUACGAAAUUCACUAUCAACGGGCUGCCGUAUGCAGUGAAUCUAACCAAUCUCCCGCCGGAUAUCACCCUAAACACCUUCAUUCGGGAGCAUGCCCAACUGACGGCCACCAAGUUUAUGUGCCAGGAGGGAGGAUGUGGCGCCUGCAUUUGUGUGGUUCGCGAUGGGAAGCGCAGCUGGGCAGUCAAUUCGUGCCUUACCCUGCUGAAUACCUGUGCCCAGCUGGAGAUCGUGACCGCCGAGGGAUUGGGCAACCAGCGCACCGGCUACAAUCCCAUCCAGAAGCGACUGGCCAAGAUGAAUGGCACACAGUGCGGCUUCUGUUCGCCGGGAUUCGUGAUGAAUAUGUACGGGCUGCUGGAGCAGAACGACGGCAAGGUCAGCAUGUCGGAGGUGGAGAACUCCUUUGGAGGCAACAUCUGUCGCUGCACUGGCUAUCGUCCUAUUUUGGAUGCCAUGAAGUCCUUUGCCGUGGAUAGCACUAUUCAAGUUCCAAAGGAGUGCGGCGAUAUUGAGGAUCUGCAGCCGAGAAACUGCCCAAAGACGGGAAAAGCCUGCAGUGGUAGUUGCCAUCCAACCACUUUGGUCUAUGAUGAUGGAAGCCAGUGGCACUGGCCCAAGAAUCUGACGGAACUCUUUGAAGCCCUGGAAAAGGUCAAGGACUCCGAGGAGUUCAUUCUGGUUGGAGGUAAUACAGCACAUGGUGUUUACAGGAGAUCCACCGAAAUCAAGCACUUUAUCGAUGUGCACGGAGUGGAUGAACUGCAUCAGCACAGCUUGGAGGGGCAGCGAUUGAAGCUGGGAGCUAAUUUAAGUCUCACCCAGACCAUGGAGAUCUUGAAAACUACUUCCACGCAAUCAGGCUUUGAGUAUUUGGAUGUUCUGUGGCAUCAUAUCGACUUGAUUGCCAAUGUUCCAGUGCGCAAUUCUGGAACUCUGGCUGGAAAUAUUUCCAUUAAAAAGCAACAUCCCGAGUUUCCUUCGGAUAUCUUUAUAUCCUUUGAAGCCUUGGAUGUAAAGGUGGUGGCCUCGAAGAACGCUACUGAAGAGAAGGAAAUGUCCCUGUCGGAAUAUCUAAGCACUAAUGAUAGGAAGCUGGUGCUCAAAGCAUUCAUACUUUCAGCGUACCCGAAGGAUAGGUACAUAUACGACUCCUACAAGAUAAUGCCCCGUGCCCAGAAUGCCCAUGCUUAUGUCAAUGCUGCUUUUCUUCUUGAAUUGGAAAGCGAUUUAAAAGUAAAGUCUGCUCGAAUUUGCUUCGGUGGAAUUCGACCAGAUUUUGUCCAUGCCUCUAUCAUUGAAAAAUUGUUGAUAGGACAGAAUCCCUAUGAAUCUAACCUAGUAGAGCAGACAUUCACCAAACUGGAGGACCUGAUUAAGCCCGAUGAAGUGCUUCCCGAUGCCAGUCCCGCCUAUCGAUCCAAGUUGGCCUGUGGUUUGUUCUACAAGUUCCUCCUGAAACACGCUCCCCCAGCGGAGGUGGGUGAGAAGUAUCGAAGUGGAGGAGAGAUUCUGCAGCGACCACUCUCCUCGGGUUUGCAAGUCUUCGAGACCCAGAAGAAGAACUACCCCAUCACCCAGGCGGUGGAAAAGGUGGAGGGCAUGAUCCAGUGCUCGGGAGAAGCCACCUACAUGAACGAUGUCCUAACCACUUCGAACACCCUCCACUGCGCCUUUGUAGGGGCCACCAAAGUGGGAGCCACCAUUGACCAGAUAGAUGCAUCGGAGGCAUUGAAGCAACCAGGAGUGGUGGCCUUCUACAGUGCGAAGGAUAUUCCCGGAAAGAAUACCUUCUGCGAGCCCAGUUUUGGCUUCGAGGUUGAGGAGGAGAUUUUCUGCUCGGGAUUGGUGCGCCACUCCGAACAGCCGGCGGGAGUGAUUGUGGCUCUCACUGCUGACCAGGCUCAAAGGGCCACCAAGCUGGUGAGGAUCAGCUACAGCAAUCCCAGCCCCGACUUCCAGUUGCUGCCCAGUUUGGGAGAUGUGUUUGCAGCAGAAACCCCCGACCCUUCUCGCAUUGUGCCCUCCUCCAAAUCGGAUUCGAAGAAGCUAAAGUUCUCGGAUCAGCCUGACAAAGAGGUGAGGGGCAUCUUCCAGAUGGGUCUGCAGUAUCACUUUACCAUGGAGCCCCAGACCACGGUGGCCAUUCCCUUCGAGGAUGGACUCAAGGUUUUCUCGGCCACCCAGUGGAUGGAUCACACCCAGGCGGUGAUCGCCCACAUGCUGCAGGUGAAGGCGAAGGAUGUGCAGCUGCAGGUUCGCCGAUUGGGCGGUGGCUAUGGGUCCAAGAUCUCCCGUGGCAACCAGGUGGCCUGUGCCGCCUCCCUGGCUGCUCACAAGCUGAGUCGCCCGGUUCGCUUCGUCCAGUCCCUGGAGUCCAUGAUGGACUGCAAUGGCAAGCGGUGGGCCUGUCGCUCCGACUACCAGUGUCACAUAAAGUCCAAUGGGAAGAUUGUCGGCCUGAAGAACGAUUUCUAUGAGGACGCCGGCUGGAGUCCCAACGAGAGUCCCAUUGAGGGUCACUCCACCUUCACGGCCGUUAAUUGCUAUGAUCUGAGUGGCGAGAACUUCAAGAACAAUGGCAAUGCGGUGCUCACCGAUGCCCCCAGUUCCACUUGGUGUCGUGCUCCGGGAUCGGUUGAAGGUAUUGCCAUGAUGGAGAACAUCAUAGAGCACGUGGCAUUUGAAGUCCAGAAAGAUCCGGCUGAAGUGAGGUUGGCCAACAUUCCAGCGAGCAAUAAGAUGAGCGAGUUGCUUCCCGAGUUCCUAAAGUCCAGGGAGUACGCAGCAGCGAAAAGGAGAUUGAAAUCGCAUAAUGCCAAGAAUCGGUGGACAAAAAGAGGUCUUGGACUGGCUGUGAUGGACUAUCCCAUCUUCUACUUUGGCCAGUACCCGGCUACGGUGGCUAUUUACCAUGUGGAUGGCACAGUGGUGAUUUCCCAUGGAGGCAUUGAAAUGGGACAGGGAAUGAACACCAAGGUGGCGCAAGUGGCUGCCUACACCCUAGGCAUCGAUUUGAGCUUCAUCAAGGUUGAGUCCUCGGACACCAUCAACGGAGCCAACUCGAUGGUCACCGGAGGAGCUGUGGGAAGUGAGAGUCUCUGCUAUGCGGUGCGCAAGGCCUGCGAAACAUUGAACACCCGAUUGGAGCCGGUGAAGAAGAAGGAUGCCAGUUGGGUGGAGACCGUGGGGGCAGCCUAUGCCAAGUCCAUCAAUCUGAUCGCCUCGGAUCACUACAAGGAGGGCGACAUGCAGAACUAUCAUAUUUAUGGCAUGGCCCUCACCGAAAUAGAGCUGGAUGUUCUGACCGGAAACAGUCAGAUUAAACGUGUGGACAUCCUGGAGGAUGCUGGGGAGAGCCUAAGUCCCUAUAUAGACAUUGGACAGAUCGAGGGCGCCUUUGUGAUGUGUCUGGGCUACUGGAUGAGUGAGCAGUUGGUUUACGAUCGAGUGAGUGGUCGCCUGCUCACCAAUCGCACCUGGAACUACAAGCCGCCGGGUGCCAAGGAUAUACCCAUUGAUUUCCGAGUGGAACUCAUUCAGAAACCCAAUCCCACGGGGGCGGGAUUCAUGCGAUCGAAGGCCACUGGAGAGCCGCCCUGCUGUCUGGCCGUCAGUGUGGUCUUCGCCUUGCGACAGGCAUUGGAAUCCGCCCGCCAGGAUGCGGGACUUCCCCGGGAGUGGGUGCGACUGGGAGCUCCCACCACCCCGGAAACUAUGGUGGUCAAUGCUGGACACGAGGCAGCCAGCUUUAGGCUUAAGUAAAUAUUCGAAGGUGUGGGUUUUUUGUGCAUCUAUUAUACACCGUUUUGGUAUAUCUUUUGUAUU